AUGGCCGAUGUCUCUGAUCCGGCGAUUAUCGAGGCGUAUCAAGACGUGCGCUCCGACAAAACGCCUACCAACUGGCUGCUUCUCGACUACGAGGGAGACCGGUCGGAUAAGCUCGUCGUAACCCAAACGGGAUCGGGCGGACUCGAAGAGCUGCAGGACGUUCUGGACUCCACGAAGGCUUCGUACGCUUAUGUGCGCGUGCAGUACUCGAACGACAAGGAGUCCAAGCGCGAGAAGUUCUGCUUUGUGACAUGGAUCGGGCCACAGUGCAAGAUCAUGCGAAAGGCCAAGAUCUCCGUGCACUCUGCCGACGUUAAGCAAGUACUGCGUGUAUACUCUAUUGAGGUUCCCGCGCAGAGCAAGGACGACCUCAAGGAGGAGCCAAUAGUAAUCCGACUUCGCAAGGCUGGCGGGGCCAGCUACGACGGCGUCUAA